AUGCAUCGAACAUCAGCAAGACCGGCCCCUCUCGAUUUUCUUUUACCCUCUGCACAUUCCACCUUUGGCAUCGACAGGCGGAAGGAUAUUGGGCUUCCUCGACAACUACCACAAUUCGCACCUGUCUACUUCGAAGCUCCAGUCAGGGAGGGGCUUCGAACUCCACCUGCCGACGAUAUGACCACCGCAUACCAGACGCAGUACAAUGAUUACGCUGGUCGACGAGAGGGUGCAUACUCCGCAGCGGGAGCUUCGGGAAGCAAUUACGGAGGGCCAUAUAAUGGGGCAAUUGUGCAAUCAAGACCAUAUUCCAUACACAACCAGCCUCCUGCUCCAGCUUCAACUUUACGGAAAGAGGUGCUGGCACAGCCGAUCCAUACUCAGCCACCAAGUCCAGUACCUGCCAACAAGAUAAACAACCUGGCCCUCGAAGAACAACCUCGCAGAAAAAGUGCCACGAGCGAUAUGAUCCACCCGAAUCUGCAGAUUCCCUCGUCGAUCAAUAAUAGUGGUGGCAGUCUGGCCGAAUUUGCAGCUCAGAUAACCUGUUUAUUCUGGUUCGAAUCCACCGAAACACUACGCAAGGCUGAAUCGUUAUCACACUCAUUUUCUCCCAUCAAACGACUUCGAGAUGAGGCCCUUCCUUCGAGCGGAUUCAGAAAAUGGGUCGUGACCAUACUCUCCACAACACAAGUCACCCAAAAUGUGAUUUUACUGGCGUUAUUAUUCAUUUAUCGACUGAAGACGAUUAACCCGGCCGUGAAGGGAAGAAGUGGAAGCGAGUACAGGCUAUUGACCGUUGCGUUGAUGCUGGGCAAUAAAUUCCUCGAUGACAAUACGUACACGAACAAAACAUGGGCCGAGGUUUCUGGUAUCUCUGUCACCGAGAUUCACGUCAUGGAAGUCGAAUUUUUGAGCAAUAUGAGAUAUAGCCUUCUGGCGUCCAAGGAGCAGUGGCAGGAAUGGCAGAAGAAGCUCUCGAAAUUCUGGACAUAUUGCGACGAAGCGUCAAGGGCUCCUUUGACACACAUUUCACCACAAGUGGGCCCUCUCCAGACAAACCUGCCAUCACCACCAUCUUCGAUGCAAGCUUCGCCCCCGCCCGGGACUGUUCCGUAUCCCCCAAGCUCUGGAGCCUACACGAACAACCAGCACUGGUCUGCUAAUCAUUACGCGGGUCCCCUCUCCUCGCCAAUUACAAUUCCCGAACUCGACCAGCGCUUGUACGGCCGGAAACGAAGCUACGAUGGAGAGGCGGAGGAACCAGUUGCAAAGAGAGUCACGAGACCACCAACCGUUGGCCCUGUCCCAUUCACGAAUGUGCCUCCACCUAUGAGACUCGAUGCUCCUCGAUUGCCAGUUCCGAACCUGACAAUUUCUACGAGCCAGCCGAUGAGCUACAACAGUGUACCAAGCUUGUCUCAGAAUAUCCCUCUUUUGCCUCCUUUGAGCGGCAGAGCGAUGUCGACGGUUUACCCAUCAACUCCAUCCUCGUGGACACCACAUCAUCCAGCACAUACUCCUACUGGACCCCCGGGCCACAGUGGGUACUCGACUCCCACUCGCCGUCAAAGUCCGCAUUCCGUCCAAGAGCUGCUAUCCUUGGGCUCCUCGCCAAUCUCUACCCACUUCCCAGGGCAGAAUCUUGGCCACAUUUCACCUUCAGUCUUCCUCCAGCAACGAUCUUCGCCGUACAAACCCGUACGACAUGUCAAUACGCUCCUUUACCCACCACCAUCGGGGGCCAUGCACGACUACUCGGCCAACAUUGACCAGAUUCAUUACCAGCCUCUGGGAAAGAGAAAUGACUACCGCCCAGGUGUCGUGCCUGAUUACGCAUCUCAUCCUCACCCAACCUACCAACACUGGCCCGUCCUCCCACAACCGAAUUUCCACGCCUAA